AUGCAUCAGCGGCAUCAACGUAACGUGAACUCGCACCACACCGUCAAAGGCGGCAUGGCGGCCCCGUCGCGGUGGCUCGCGUUCGCGCUUCUGCUGCUGCUGUGCGCAGCGCUCGCUCCUCUCGCCGCCCACGCGCAAUGGACGUACCUUCCUCGCAUAUCUCGCGGCGCUUGGCUGCCGCGCUCAUUCCGUUCCGUUUCCCGCCGCGUCGUCCCCACUUACGCCGACGCAGACGCGCAACCGCUGUUCCCGCACGCGCAGUCCAAGCUGACGUCAUCGCUCUCCCUCGCCCCCUGGAUGUUCCCCUUCGCCCGCCCGCGCUCCUUUCUCCACACCGCCUCCCGCGCGCAGUCCCCGCCAGCGACCGACACGCGGACUGCGCCCACAUUUUCCACGCUCACGCUAGAGCGUGACCAGCCGCCCAAACCACCCAAGUCGCCCAAAUCACCGAAACCGCCGAAAUCGCCAAAGCCGCCCAAGUCGCCGCCGCCCCCUUCCCCUCCGCCGAAGUCCCCCAAGCCGCCCAAGUCCCCCAAGCCCCCGUCUCCUCCCAAGCCAGGAAAGUCCCCCAAGCCUCCCCCGCCCCCGCCGGCCGUCCCCCUUCCGCCCCCGCCUGAGUGGCCGUCCACGUACGCGGGCGUCACGCCGCUCGCGGCGGAUCCGCCGGAAACGCCGCUCUUCGAUGUGAAGGAGGGGUUCGGGGCGGUGGGUGACAACGCUACCGACUCGUGGGCCGCGUUCGACGGCGCGUUCCGCGCUGCGUGUGAGAGCGCGAGGGGGAGCGGCGGGCGCGCGAUAGUGCGCGUGGGGGAGGGCGCGUUCUUCCUGGCGAAGUCCAUCACCGUCAACGGGUCGUGCGGCGCUGGCCUCACGCUGCAGGUGGACGGCACCAUCUACGGGCCGCUCUCCAAGGACGGCUACCCCACGCCCUCACUUUACCUGAACGGCACCAUCAUCGGCGUGGCCAGCAACGGGCUGUUCCAGUUCCAGGGCGUGAAGGGGCUCGUGCUGCGCGGGGAGGGGGCGAUCGACGGCAAUGGGAGGAAGUUCUGGGGGUCCAAGGCGCCCACGCGGCCACACAUCAUUGCGCUCAUCGACUGCCAGUACACCACCAUCGACGGGCUGCUGCUGCGCAACCCGCCAAUGUACCACGUGUUUGGGUACGGCACAGAAGGGCUGUGGAUCCGCGGGGUGACCACCAACAGCCCUGAGACGUCCCCCAACACGGACUCGCUCAAGCUGCUGGGCGUGCGCCACGCCGUCAUCGAGAACUGCACCUUCCACGGGGGGGAUGACGACGUGUCACUCGUUGCCAGGGGCGCUCAGAGCGUGGUGAACGUGACGGUCAGGAACCUCAUUGCCACGGCCGGGCACGGCAUCAGCAUUGGAAGCCUGGGAGCGGGGGGGGCAGUGGCGUGUGUGUCGGAUGUGACAUUCAAGGACCUCAUUAUAUCCAACCUCGAUAACGGGCUGCGCAUCAAGACAUGGCAGGGCGGCCUGGGGAUGGUGCGCAACGUGCGAUAUGAGAAUGUGUACAUGACUGACACUGACAACGCCAUCACACUCAACCAGGACUUCUUCUGUGGCAUAGCGCCUGACAACGUGGCACUGGUCAACAUCACUUACUCCAAUGUCUAUGGCACCACCUCACGGUAUGGAAUGAACAUCCGAUGCAGUGCGACGGUCCCCUGUGGUGGCAUCAAUCUCAGCAACGUUAACCUCGUCUCCUCCAAGGCAGGAAGCUCCCUUCGUCCCGUGCUGCUGAAUGUGGUCAACAGCCAGGCCACAGGAGUGGUGGCGCCUUUACCGCAAGGCAUGGGGUCGUAUGCUGGUUGGGGCUCCACCCCUCCAACUGCAGCACAAGCUGCGAGUCGGCUGUACGCGACGGACAAGGGGCUGAAGGGGCCGAGCAAGGAGAGGGGCAAGGAGACCAACGACCUGCUGCUCUCGCUGCUCGCGCGGUUAGAGAAGGACAAGGUGGAGCUACAGCUAUCGCCCGAGGACAGUCUGCACGUGGAGGGCUUUGCAGAGCGCGUCUUUGCCAAGGCGGACAAGCAGGACAGGGCGGGCCAGGCCGACAUCUCGACAGCCAAGACGUUCUAUGCGGCGGGGCUGUUCUUCGACGUCCUGCGCCAGUUCGGCGAGCUGCCUCCGGACGUGGAGCAGAAGCAGCGGUACGCGGCAUGGAAGGCAGCUGACAUCCGCAAGGCACUGGCAGAGGGCCGCCAGCCCACGCCUGGCCCGCCCGCUGCCGAUGCUGCUGGUGCUGCCGCCCUGCUCUCCGCACCUGCUGCCGCUGCUGCUGCUCCCUCCACAGCCCCGGACAGCACUGGUGGGGCUGGUCAUGCGACACAGGGAAGCCUGCAGCAGCAGCACGACAUCCUGGGUCUGCCAGUGCCGCCCUCAGUGCAGCCUCUCCGCGCCGACCGCAGUGGAGCAGCGCCAGGGGGGAGUGGAGCAGCAGCAGGGGGAGGGGGUGCUGGUGGGGGAUGGGCACAGGGAGGCGCGCAGCAGGGGCUAGGGGUGGGGCGACCCCAUGGGGGUGGCGCUGCAGCAACAACAUCAUCCCUCGGCCCUGCAUGCGCAGGCGCACCAGGAGCAGCAGCUGCUGCCCCGUCCUCCUUCUCAGCCCCCCUGCCUACUGCAUCGCAGCCCGCUGCCAAAGCCACCACAGGAGCUGCUGCAAGCACAGCCACAGGCACAAGUGCAGGCUCGGGCACAGGCAUGGGAAUGGGGGGGCAGGCCCCACCAGCGGGUAAGGUGGGGGACGCCCACCGCGCUGCGCGCUUUGCUGUGAGUGCACUGGCAUUUGAUGAUGUCCCCGCUGCUUUAGACUACCUCAAACAGGCCCUGCGGUUGCUGGACGGGAUGUAA